AUGGCAGAUGUCAUGUCUGCUCCCGGAGGCAUGGACCCUCCACCACCACCUAUCCUACCUGGCAAGCAGCUGCCGGCGUCUCGUGCACUCGACCCGGAAGAAGGCACCAGCAGUGACUCUGAGGCCAGCCAGAACGCCGACUCGGACAAAUACUAUUGCGGCAAAUGCAAGCGGUGCAAGAAGAAGUCCAAGUUCACACUAAUCCGCAAGACCAAGAAGACGCAGAACCGCACUGCUAAUUGUAAGAAGUGUCGAGGACAAUCUAACAAGGUCAAAUAA